CUCGAGUCCCAGUGACCUUACUCCAUGGUUACCUGACCGCCUUGCCCGCCAUGAGGCUCGCGCAGGCUUUCCUCGCGGCGGUCCUGCCAGUGUCGUCGGGCCUCAAGGCGGCUGCCAGGGACGUGGACCCUGUGUCUCUACUCUCGGACGACGGCGCGGCGCGGGCGGAGGCAGCGCGCGCUCGGCUCGCCGCCGCUCGCGCGGCCGACGCGCAGCGCGGCCACGCGUUCCGCACCGUGGGCGGCGCGAGCCCCGUGCCGCCGCUGACGGAGCCCGACGAGCUCACGCCGAUCGUGCUGGAGGUGUCCGCCUUUCAGGACGGCGAGCGCUGUGCGCUCACCCUCUUCCGCGCCCUGGCCAAGGCGAGCCACCCCGCGCGCGUGUCCUUCCACCUGCUGCAGGCACGCCAGAAGCAGACCACCGACUGCCUCGCGGAGUUCGAGGAGAAGCACCUGCCGAAGCUGUGCCUGGAGGGCAAGGCCCUCGCGAACGCGGAAGGAGUGUCCGGAGACGCCUGCCAGCAGAGGGUGCUGGGCCGCUCUCACUCCUGGCUGCUGGACCCCGCCGACGGAGAGGGCCCCGCCCACCAGCGCGGCGUCUCCACGUCACUGCUGGCGUACCACCGCGAGGACGCGAUGUGCUUGAGCUCGGACUCACACAUGGACUUCGAGAGGGGCUGGGACACGACCAUGAUCUCGGACUGGGCCUCCACCAGGAACGAGUUCGCCGUGCUGUCGGCGUACCCCGCCAACGUUGGCUCUCGCGCGGGCCCUCAAGGGGAGUAUAUUGACCUAUGCGGUUAUUCCUUGGAGGAUGGAAUCCCGCGCGGCAGAACGGGUGGCAAUAUGUACCCGCAACGCGGUGUUGCGCCGUAUCUGACAGUGAAUUGGGCUGCUGGCCUGUCUUUCCACCGGUGCCACGCGGAGAAGAACGUGCCCGUGGAUUGGCACUUGCGCUGGAUCUUCACCGGCGAGGAGAUCAACCGCGCUGUCCGCUUCUUCACCAGCGGCUACGACAUUUAUUUGCCGACCAACAUUGCGGUCACUCACAACUACUCGCACGCAUCCCAGGCGUUCUUCUCCUACGGGCCCAAUGACCAGGGCGCGCUGAAGCAGAAGUCGAGGGACCGCCUCGCGCGGCUCUUCGCGGACGGCUGGGUGGCGGAGAAGGCGGACGGCCAGCGCGCCGUUGGCGCCGGGGGCCUCCAGGGGGCCGCGAACUUCGGCGUGGGCAGUCAGCGCAGCCUCGAGGAGUUCGUUCGCUGGGGCAGGGUGAACCUGGGCGGGAGCUGGCCCCAGUGGAUGCGAGACAACGGCGUGACGGAGAUGUCGGACGAGGAAACCCACCGUUUCUGCAAGACAUUGGAUCGCUUGCCGGUGCGGGACGAGGUGAGUCUCGUGGCUUCUGUGAGCUCCAAGCCCGACGAGUUUGCCGCGGACAGAAACGGCAACGUCAAGUUCUACGGCGACGGGGAGGAGUUGGAUGUGAGAAAGCUUCUCUGAGGCACUGCGCAUUAGCUACCGCAUGUGCCAGGCGCACAGAAGCUUGCCGCACGUGUGUCGUGCCGACGCGACUGCGACCCCGGCAUGGGCGUCUCCGCUGCCCAGCCCGCCAUUUCGUGGCUCGCGGGGCCUGCGUGUCGCAGCGAAGCGGUGUCCUGUGAAAACUUGGCGCCGAGAAGAGGCCGAGGAGCGAAGCUGAGUCCAAGCGAUCGAGGCGCCUCUGGAGGAGUGCCACCUGCAUUCGCCUUUCGCGUGCUGUCCCACGCUUUUCCCCACUUCCCGUGCACGCUUUCCUCGGGCCGGCCGCUCCGAACCGCGACGCAGCGGAACGUUUGCCGGUAGCCUCCCGCCUCUGGAGGGGCGAUGGGGCGAGGGGGGUG